UGCAAACGAAUUCGCUCAGUAGUUUUUUAUAUUUCGUUUUGGUGGGCUGUUACAAGUUUGUCGAUCAACGGAAAUGCUGAAUUCAUUUUUGAAAUCGAAUUUGCUGACACAAUUUGUGUCUGUUUUCGAUGUGUUAUUCGCGCUCAUUGUAGUGGCUCCCUUGGUCGUCACCUUUUGGUCGACAACGUGGAUGCUCUACGAUGCAUUUAUUUUACCGAGUGAUCCAGUCGUUAGUGGUUUUGUUUCGUGGGCAUUUGGAUUUUUCGGUCAAAUGAUUUUAAUGUUUCACCAAGAUGCGAUCAAACGGUUUCUCAAUUUCGAAAAGCGGAGUUUCCUCAACAUUUUCUGCUUGAAACUGUAUGCGCUUUUCUUGGGCCAUACAUUCGUUAGUUUCUGGCGCGGUGUAUGGAUGUGUGUGGAUGCCACGUCUUCAAAAGAUCUUGGCGUUGUUUGUUCGAACAUUGUUCAAAACAUAAUAACUCUAAUGAUCAUGAAGGCAUUCCGAAACACGCUUGUGCCGCCAUUUAUUGUUUUGACUGAUACACGGGAACAGUACAGUAUGAGGACGUUACUUGAAAAGCAUAAAGCUGACGGAAGUUUCCGAUAUUUUUUCGACUGUAUGACCACGAUGUUUGUUGAAAUGCUGGUUGCGUUUAUUUGGCAUGAUUUCUGGUUCAUCCAUGAUUCGAAUAUUUUCCCGCAUGAUCUCUUUUAUUCGGCAUUGUCAUCACUAGUCUUUGGCUAUUCUUUAGCAUUGAUUUGCUUCACAAUCCAAAGCUGUGUUGGUGCUGUGUGUGAGAAACAUGACGAUCAAAAAGUUUUCAUUUUUGACGUGUUUGCGAUGGUUUCUUUACUGUCCGCCAUAAAUGUGUGGCGUGGGGUCUGGUCUUUCGUGGCAUAUUUUACAGAUGGGAACAAAGAGUGGAUUCUAAUUCUAAACACGCUGGCCUGGGGACUAUUAAUGAUUGUAAAUUGUACCUUUUCACUUUCUGCUAAAGAUGUCCUGAAAGAUGCAGAAAAACCAGGGAAAUGUUGCACCGAAUUUGAGACACGCUAUUUGACGAAAAUGUUGUUUAAGAAGACUGAUGAAAAAUCUGAUGUAACUCGCAACAUUUCCACACGACUGUAAUUCGCGCAAUGAAUUUGACUAGUCGCCUGCAGGCACAAAUUCAUGCAUAAUUAACUAUUAAAUUACCCUACACAAUGUGUAGUACACAUUCGUGAAUCCUGUAUCAGUGAACUUAAACAUUUGCUGUGAUAUUGUAAUUAUGUAAUUCUAUGUGAAUAUAAAGUUGAUUGGUUUAUCUUCGCUUUGAAGAUAAAACAGAAAUUGUAAUUAAAUUAUUGAUAG